AUGACCUCUGCUGAGCCGCAGCUCUGCGCUGGGAAGGAUUGCCCUGUCGCCACGCACUUUGAGUGCCAGCGCGGCAGCGGCCGCUGGUGGCUGGAGUGGUCCACUGACAAGAUCCAAUGGUGCUGCCAACACAUGGACUGUCAUUUGGGCUCGCCCGCGCAAGAGAACCCGGAGUUUAGCAUUGUCCAGGCACACAAGGGCGGAGGCCCGCAUGCGCGCUGCGUGGGCACCUGUUCUAUGGGCUCUGCGCGCCGCACCUGUCGAGAGUGGAUCUCGUGGACGGCCUAUGGGGUUUUUCGGCACCAGCUGCAGCCUUGCCAUCUCGCCUUCCAGCGGAUAAGGGUGCAAUGUCCUGCAUGCGCUGAGUGCACCUUAGACGAUGCCGCAGGCUGUUUGAGUGCCUAG